CCUCCGCGCUGCGCGUCCACCCGGGAGCGACCCUUGAGGAGCGAGCGGCCCCGCAGCGAGCCUUGUCAGGGCCUUUGCGAGCCGCGGCCCCGCGCUCCGCCGGCCGCUGUCCCCGGGGGACCUGGGUCCUGGGCCACCAACCCAGGGGCGCACCCGACGCGCAGGACCGCAGCUGGGCAGAGGGCGCCACCCGCCUGGCCGGUCCAGCUCAUGGCGACCCUGAUGUCCGCGUGGCUCCUGAUGGUUCUGACCCGGGCCCUGUGCGAGGCAGACCAGCAGCUGGACAGGACAACCGAGGACAACGUCUCUCCUAUCAUCGACCUGAAGCUCCACCCACGGAAAAAAACGCUGACCUGGAAUUACACAAGAGAUGUGACCGAACAUCACUGCAGGAUCGACACCCCACUGGAUCCUCCCAUGAGCAUGACCCCCCAGGUGACCGCAGGCCCCGCCUACAGGUGCGCCUUCCCCAACGCGCGGCUGCGCAGAGGGGCCACGCUGACCGUGCGCGGCUCCUCCCAGGGCCAUGGGUUCGCCGAGGUCCUGACCUUCCGGAACGCAGGCAAGGACGGCUCUGGAGCGGUGGGCUUCGCCUGCGUCCUCUACGACCUCCGCUUCAUGAACUGCAGCUGGGCACCCGGCCCCGCCGCCCCCGCCGACGUCCAGUACCACCUCUACCUCUGGAUGUCCAGGUGCGGCGGGUGGGGCGGGAAAACCAGAGCGGCUGAGAGCUAGACUCCAGAGGCACGGAGUCGCCUCCGCGAGAGGGCGCAGGACAUUAAAAGCACAGCUUCCCGGCCAUCCAGCCAGCCCGGGACGGGGCGUUA